CGUCACGCAGGAUAGAGCGCGGCCACUGUGUCAAGUGAUACACAAGAAAAGAAGGCAGAAAUUUUUGAAAAGAUUUGAAAAAACCGUUAAAUUUUCGCCUUUAAUACGUUUUUAAACAACGAUCGGAUACCUUUGGCAUCAUCUUCGAGUCUUAUUGCGUGUUUCUGGCUUGAUUUGAGGCGCAAAAGAGCGUUAAAUCUUGUCAGAAUCGUGGCUUUUGUCGACAACAUAUUGGCGUGAUACGGGCACAUUUUUACACCAAUGGCCCAAAAGGCCAUUUGUUUACGUCGUACAAUAAAACUGGUCUUACAAUCGUCCUCAUAACAUCAACGUUCAGCGAAUUGGCACAUGUUUUACAAUAUCAACCAGCUCUGGAGGGAAAUGCAUUGUUAUUGUUGUGAAAACAUCGUUUCAAAAUUAUAACAUGUGGAAUUCGACUAUGCCAUCAAUUGUGUAUCAAAAGUAAGACGCGAUUGUGAGUCAAAGAUUAUAAAAACACGAUUGGAAAAACUCAAAUACCUACAAAGGGAUGGCAGCCAACAUGAAUCUACCUCGAAAGCCAAAUCUAGGCGAAUAUGUGUCUAACAACAUGCCGAUCGCUGACUAUAACAUUGCCAUGCAGAAACAAAAUGCAUCGACAAAUUUUUCUGCAAUGCCUUUGUCUCAGAACCCAAUCGGCGGUGUAAAUGAUAGUACAAUGGGGCAGCAAGGCCCCGGUCCAUUUCCCCAGAAUCAUUUUAACCAAGGCAUGAAUAAUUUUGGUGGACAAUCUAGGCAAUUUCAGGAGAAUUUGGAGAGUAUGGCACGGAUGAAAUACAACCCCAAUUCCAAUAUGGCUGCCGCCGGGCCUUACGGAGGGGUAUACGACACCAAUCCUGGCGAGCCCUUCCAGCUCGCAAUGGCUCCAAAAUUUCGCCCACAAGAUGUGUUUAAUAUGAAUAAAAACAUGGAGCAAAUGAGCUAUGCCCAACAGCGAAAUAUUGCGAGCAGUCCCUGGUCUUACGAUAGUGGCAGUCGUAACAAUAGACCGCGCUCAUUACAACCUGCCAAGUCCGGGGUGCCUCAACAAGGACGUGUUGAGCCAAACAUGGGUCAAAACCUGGCACCAGAUCAAAAUUUUCCAAGUCCUGUUGCGGGAGGUUCACCUCAGCAACCUUAUCAAAUGCAAUCACCUUACCAAAUGCAGUCACCAUAUAUGUCGGGUGAUAUGUACAAACAGUCCAGAGAACAACCUUUCGCUGCUCGGGGGAUGGGUGGAAAUUUUAGACCGCAAGAGUUCUUUCAUCAAGAGCAAAUAAGGCAAAUGGCUAAUCCAUAUCAACAAUCUCAAAUACCUCAUGCAGCUGGGAACUUUCUCCCAGGAAAUCAGAAGAAUCCUGCAACACCCUUUGGACAGCCAGGCAUUCCCAAACCUUCCCAAGAUACCAUCUACUCUCAGCAUUUUGCUGGUAGUCCAAAAUCUAAUGGACCUCCUGCGAUGAUACCAAAUAUGACAGAUGACAGACAAAUGCCAUUUCCUAAUACCAAUUAUCCGGUGAGUCCUUUGGGAUCACAAAUGGCCGGCAAGCCACCAGGCUAUCCGCCAUCGCUGGGAAUGCGAGGAACGGUUUCACCAAACGUCACCAUUGGCAUGCCAAAGAAACCGCCAUACAGAACUCAAGAGGAAGCAGUCACAUCUCCUGGAUCCCAUCAAAAUGCAGCUGCUGCUGCCGCCGCUGCGGCUGUCCUAGCGGCAGUCAAUACAGCCAACCCAGGUCAACAAUCUGAUAUGCAUAAUAUCACAUCCAGGCCACCCAGCGUACCAAAUAUGCCCUCUCGGCCACCUAGUAUCCAUGCAAAAGACCCUCGGAGUCCUGCAACGUCCAUUGUCAGUGAUCAUAAGUCAGAAUCUGGUGGUUCGGGAAUCAAUGAUAUCAGAAUGACACCAAGUCCUUCGAGAUCUUUGUCAAGAAAUACACCACAGCUGGCUUCAUCAGAGCCUGCGCAAGUCUUGAACUUUCCAACUGAUGUUGAAACAGGUCGUGUCCCAUCACCUUCAGUAAAUCAGUUGCCAAGUACUGAUAUUGAGGCAAUGAUACGGUCGGUUUCAAAUAUUCCUGGUGGGGCUCUCCCUUCGAAUUCUGAGCAAUCAACUGUAAUCCGAAGAGGUAAGGCAGACACUAAACCUGAACCCACAGCCAAGACAAAUCAUGAGUCAGCAUUACCCCCAGUCACUCCUCCAUCGCCUUUUUCUUUAUCACCUUCCCUUGGUGUGGACUUCGAUAUUGACAUGUUGUCUCCAUCUUGGGACGUUUCUUCAUCACGCAGUGCUACUCCGCUUAGCAAACUGUAUAAAAUCUCGGAAGAGCCGGAAAGAAAAGAAUUUUUAGAUAAGUUGGUCUCCUUUACGGAACAGCAAGGAAAGACGCUGAAUGAAGUGCCCAAUAUUGGCGGUUCCAUUUUGGAUUUAUUUAAACUUUAUCAACUCGUGUCUAAACGGGGCGGAAUGCAAGAGGUGACGCGGCUUAAACUAUGGAAGGACGUUGGCGAUUCUCUAAGAAAUGGCCAUGAAUUGAGCGCUGAAGAUGAGCAAAACCUGAGAGAACAUUACGUUCGUUUAUUGCUACCAUACGAAGAGAAGUUCGGUUGUUUUGCCAAUCAACCUGCUGCGAGCACUCUGCCAAAUUCCGCCCCCAGUUCAAAACUUCUGGCAAACACUGAACCGGAAAAUAUUGAUCUUUCGACUAUGACGUAUAAGAAUUUGUUUCAAGCGAAUUCAACCACACCCGCCACUCCAUACAGCCAGGGAGGUACACCUUCAGCACAACCACCCUCCUACCCAGGUUCAGCUCCGAGUACCCAAGGAUACCCAAGUACGUCGCCCAUGCAGCAUUCUGGAUAUCGGAAUUCACCAGGGUAUUCCCAAACACCACCUGGAUACACAGGUUAUCCACAGGGCUCCCCACGUGUACCAUCAUAUCCUCCGAAUCACCCUGGUUUUUCCAAUCACCAAUACGCGAACUUCCAGGGUGGUCCCGCUCAGAUGCCGGGGUACCACAAUGGUAUGGUGUCAUCUCGUUACUCGAACUAUCCCCGCAACGCGGUCCCUCCCGAGGCAAUGUUUGGCCAAUUCCCUCGCACCCCGGGAAUGAACAAACCCUUUCCACAUGACCCGCAGUCCCAAGGCAUGUUUCCGAACUAUCAAGGCCAGGGGCAGCAGCACCCCCCGGGAUUCAUGUAUCAACAGCAAGCUUCAAACAUGGCCUCGUUUCAAUUGGAGAGACAGCGAGCAGCUCAUCGCGGAGGGGUAGGCUCCCCUGGACCUCGAAUGCAAUCCCCCUGGGUACAAAGGUACCCAGAUGGCCCUGGUACCUCCUCGGGUAGUCCUUCACCCUUUCAUCACAACUCUCAGUCUCCCGGACUGAAACCACCAAACGCUCGUCCCCCACCGCCCUACCCGCAUCCAAAGCAAGAGAAGCCUUCACCCACGCCCCAAAGUGCGGCGGCGGCCCUGCAGUACCAGGCUAUGAAGUCCGGUGUGAAACUACCGCCUGCGAGAAAGGAGGAUUUGUUUCCGGUCGGGUGCGUUGAAACAACGCAAGCUGUACACAAGAAGAAGAGACGAUUGACAGCAAGGGAUAUUGGUCCUGUCGAAGCGUGGCGUAUAAUGAUGUCGUUAAAAUCUGGCUUACUAGCCGAGACAGCCUGGGCACUAGACACGUUAACCAUCCUGCUUAGCGACGACACGACCGUAGGCUUCUUCAAGCUCGGUCAGCUACCAGGCUUCCUUGAUACAGUUAUAGAACACUUUCGACGAAACCUAAUCAAUAUUUUUGACGUUUUGCGAGAGAGUGAGAUCGACACGGGCAUUCCAGAGCGAUGUAGUUAUGGCAAGGAUCAAGAGACGAGAAAACAAUUGUUCAACGAUAUCCUUCCGGACCAAAUAGCGAUCGAAAACUUUUCUUCCAUCAUUGUCGGUGGUUGUUUAGUCGAUAAAGAUGAGCUGGGAUUUUGUAGCGGGGUAAAAGACUGGGCAACAGGUGGCGGAGACACAACAAUACACAUUCAAACGCAUUUUGAAACGGAUCCACAAUUCUAUGAUAAAUUAAAAAGGAAUACGGAGAUUGAGAAAUUGGAUGAAAAUACAGAGAAGAACCAGACUGUGGAUUGCUUGUCGGAGAGCGACAAGAAAGAGGAUUGUCAGGUCUCGAAAACUACCGAUAGCAGUGAGAAGGAAUCAGUUAGCGAUGAUACAGAAGACUUUAAGGAACGGUCGAGCAUCCAAGUUGAGGUGAACAACGUCUAUAAUGGCAUUCCAUCACCCGAUAUCUCGCGAAAAUCUGUGAUUACCACAGGCUCGCAAGUAAAAGUGAAGAAAAAAGUCGCUGGUGUUUUAGACUGGGAACUGCAACAGAAUUGCUGUAACGGCGAAGAUGGUAUUGAGGAUAACUGUGAGUGCGAACCGGUGAAAGUCGAAAGUGGGAGCUCUGUGGAUGAAAAUGAACUUGCAAAUGUAAGCAAACUUAAGACCGAAAGUUCCAGUGAUAAACUGGAACGUGAAGGUUCAAAGAAAGCUUCCACAUUACUUAUCAAAAGACUGAAAACUGAACUUGAUCUAGACGUGGACUCGGUCAGCAAGGAGACUGAGGAGAUAACGUCGAGCGUUAAGCCUUGCGAUACGACCGUUGCUUCGUUGUCUACGGAUACAGAAUGUGAACUAAAACAGGAGUUUCCUCUAAGUAGCUUGACUUUGUCUCAAGAUUCUGCCGUGAAUUCCUGCAGUUGUGUCUCGAAUAUCAUCCGAAAUUUAUCGUUCGUACCGGGAAAUGACGUCGAGAUGGCGAAGAACACGUCACUUUUGCUGAUACUCGCAAAGCUGCUGAUGUUACAUCACGUGAGACGAAGAAAAACGGUGGUUUCCGACAGUCAAUAUAACGAUAGCAAUUGUUGGUGGCAGGACUGUUUGGACAGUAUUCGUGAAAAUACUUUAGUAACAGUUGCUAAUAUUUCUGGAUACUUAGACUUGUCGCUAGUGGAUGGAAAUGUGAGUAGGUCAUUACUCGACGGACUAUUGCAUUGGCUUGUCUGCCACUCCACCAUAGCGGACGAGCCGUUGCGAAGCACGAGUUUAGCGGUGUGUCUGACCCCUAAGCAGCUGGUUCUCGAGACCUUGGCAAAAAUGAGCGUGAUGGAAGCCAACGUUGACUUUAUACUGGGCUCCCCGGAUAAAAACAGACUACUGAAGGUGUACGAGUAUCUGGUGAAGCUCUUUUCGGACAAAACGAACGAGGUUACUCGGGAAUUCGCACUUGUGUUACUGUCGAGCUUCACGCAGGCGAAUCAGGAGAUAUGCACCGCGAGCUCGGAGAGGAAUCUUGUGACGGUCUUAGUCGGAUUUCUCGAAGACGCUCGCGAUAGAGUGGAGUCGAUGGCCGUGCGAGGCUUGCACCCGGGGAUGUUUCGCGACAACGAUUUGAGAGUUAGCAUGGGAAUGCUAAGACGAGCUGGGAGCCUGCUGGCGUGUAUUGCCAAGCGAACACGCUGCACUCAUUUGAUCCCGUUUCAGGAGCGAAUUUUGGAUCUGAGCAUGUCUCGAGCGUUGGACGCCGAGGUUCAGUCGCAUCUAAGUAACGUUCUGUAUAACCUUCCUAGGUGAUAGGAGAAAGUUUGGCUUCACAACCGAUUAUAGUAACUGUUAGAAAAGUAUGGUACGGUUUGAAUUAGUGCGAAAAAUAGGUUUAAAACUGGUUUGAACUUUGUGAAAUUGGACGUGAAUGAUUGUCAUCUUGGCUUCAUUUGGCCAAUUGCUCGACGUUUGAAGGUUUUAUGCCAGAUAUGUUCAUGGUGGUCAUUUUGUCAGUCAACUAUAAUAUCUCGCGCUCUAUAAAGUACACCAUACAUAAGUCAUAAUUCAGUAAACCAUUUAGUCGUCUAAUGACUCUCCUUUCUGUUGAAGUUAACUACAAUAAGCUGUGUUGUUACAUCAUGUCUUACACACGAUGGUUAAGAUCAAACUUAUUGACACGUUUAAGAGCGAACGGAGGCUUCCAUGACAUGUAUUUACCAUCAAACACGGGGUCAAUACGUGUAUCGAAGCGUUUUAUUCAUUACUUCAUCUAUAAGGGUUGUGAAGCCAAAAGUUCAACCAUGGACAAAAUUGAAGCGAUCGAUCUCCAGGAUAAAUAGUACGAAUACGUAAUUAUUAACCAGUUUUGGACAAAAUCUCGUCUUUUACCAACUUUGCUAAGAUGAUAGCUUGACAUCAAAUGACGUAAAAUAAUUUUUGUACAUUGGAAGAAAGUAAACACAUGAACUCAA